AUGUCAACAUCAACAUCAAACGACAAUGAAAAUAAGGGACCUUCUUCUCUGGGGAUCAUCAUCUCAGUCACAGCUCUCAGCACCCUCUUCACUGCAGCAAGACUCUAUGUACGGGGCGUGAUACUCAAGAAGGUCCAUUCAGAUGACUACCUCAUCGUGGCCUGGGUGAGCGUCGCGACCGCCGUAGUUGCUGUAUCACAUGGCAUGGGCCUACACUUCGAGCUCUUGACCACCCAACCAAAGUCCGGGGCCAUCUUUUGGACAGUCGCUGGCUUCCCAGCCGGCGUCAUGUCGUUUGGCCUACCCAAGCUCGCCGUCGUCGCUCUCCUGACGCGAAUCUUGAACCCGAGUCCAUGGCACAAGACGUUCCUCUGGGCCCUGUCCCUCUUCUGCCUGCUCAACCUGACGGCCAACAUGAUUCUCCUCUUCGCACAUUGCCAGCCAACACAAUCGCAAUGGGAAUUUUCCGUGUCUGGUCACUGCCUGGAUAAAUGGAUAUUGGUCUCGUUUGCUAUUUACACGGGAGCUUUUGGCGCCUUUGUUGACUUGUACCUCGCUGUCUAUCCAGCAUUGGUGCUUGCGAGACUACAGAUGAGCAUCAAGAAAAAGGCAGCUUUGAGUGUUGCGCUGGGCAUUGGGUCUAUCUCGUCUGUGGUCGCGGUCUACAAAUGCACCCGCGUCCGGAGUCUUGCAAGCAGCGACUUCACAUAUGAGACGGAAUCAAAGAUCGCUGGGGCGAGAAGUUGCAGCAGUCAGGAGAUGAUACUGAGCCGAGAUGAUACUGAGCCAGGAUGA